ACGGGGCGAUCCCGCCGCUGUGGCGGCGUGGGGUCCUUGUGCUCCUCGCGCCCUCCGGCCCCGGCCGCUCCCCCUUCACCCGCGUCCUUCCCCUCUCGCCGGGUGUGCUGUGCGUUCUGAGCAGCAGCGCCCUGACCCCGCCAGGUGCCCCCGCCAGCCCUCCCGCACCGCGGCGGGGCAGGCUGGGAGCUGUAGUCGGGUCUUGCCCUCUCCCCUUCUCGCCCUGCUGGCGCCUCGCCCCGGCUCUCACCACUCUUACCUACGCCGAGAGCUGGCGGGGUGAGCCCCGUCCAGCCCGGCCCUCAGCGCCAUCCCCGCUCCCCCUUCCCGCCACCCCGCUCCCUCAGCCCGCCCGCGCUCCUCCAAUCCCGGCGGGACAGCGGCCGGGGCGAGGCAACGCCGGGCGGGAGUACGAUUUUUAACUCGCUCGCGGGGAAGCGGGGCGGGGGAAGGGGAGAAGGGAUGGGGAGGGCAGAAAAAAAUAAGGAAAAGCGGUUCCCGGGCCCCAAAACGCUUCCCGUCCGUGACCCCCCGGCCGUGCGUCACUUCCCGGCGGCCGUUCGAGCGCGGAGCCCGCGAGGUGAGGGGGGACGGGGCGGCUCCGUCGGUGUCGCCAGCCAGGGACGAGCUGCCCGCUGACUCCUGUUCCAGCCCGUGCCUGUGCCAGGAGAUCCCUCCGGUUGUGUUCUGGUGCUGCCGGUGCCGGCUCAUCGCAGAUAGUUCUGCGAUUGCAGCUGCGGGGAGUUGCGUUCAACAUGAGUGCACUCCAGGAAACACCUACACUUGAAGCUUCUCAUUCAGAAAAUGUUGAUGCUAAGCUGUCCUUUCUACCUGAAAGACUGAGAAAGAAGCUGCUUCCUUUUCAGGAAAAAGGCAUCGUAUUUGCACUUCAAAGAAGUGGCAGGUGUAUGAUUGCUGAUGAGAUGGGGCUGGGUAAAACCAUUCAAGCAAUUGCCAUUUCAUAUUACUACAAAAAUGAAUGGCCUCUCCUGAUUGUGGUGCCUUCCUCUCUGAGAUACCCUUGGGUCGAUGAGAUGGAGAAGUGGAUUCCAGAGCUCUCUCCAGACGACAUUACCAUCAUCCAGAACAAAACUGAUGUCGGGGGAAUAUCAACCAGCAAAGUAACGAUUCUGGGGUAUGGCCUGUUAACUUCUGAUGCACAGACUUUGAUAGACACUUUGUACAGGCAGAACUUCAAGGUGGUUGUGGUUGAUGAGUCCCACUACAUGAAAUCCAGAAACGCCACCCGCAGCAAGAUCUUACUGCCAAUUGUGCAGAAAGCUCUGAGAGCUGUGCUUCUUACUGGGACUCCUGCUCUGGGAAGACCUGAAGAGCUUUUCAUGCAGAUUGAGGCACUAUUUCCAAGAAGAUUUGGAACUUGGAGUGAAUAUGCUAAAAAAUACUGCAAUGCUCGUGUCAGGUUUUUUGGGAAAAGAGCUCAAUGGGACUGUAGAGGGGCUUCAAAUUUAGAAGAACUACAUCAACUUUUAAGUGCAAUAAUGAUCAGAAGACUGAAGAAUGAUGUUCUAACUCAGCUGCCUCCCAAAGUCAGGCAGCGGAUUCCCUUUGACCUCCCUCAGGCCGCAGCAAAGAAUUUGAAUGCCACUUUUGCAGAGUGGGAGAAGUUAAUGAGAAACCUGAAUCCAGAUGCCACUGAAAGCCACUUCUCUCAGGUCAUGAAUCUAAUCACACGGAUGUACAAAGAAACAGCCAUUGCCAAGGCAGGAGCAGUGAAGGAUUACAUCAAAAUGAUGCUUGAGAAUGACAAGCUGAAGUUCCUUGUCUUUGCCCACCACCUGAGCAUGCUGCAGGCCUGCACAGAGGCUGUCAUAGAAAACAAGGUUCGCUACAUUCGGAUAGAUGGGAGUGUCCCCUCUGCAGAGAGGAUUCACCUUGUCAAUCAGUUCCAGAAGGAUCCUGAAACCAGGGUUGCUAUUUUGAGUAUUCAGGCAGCUGGGCAGGGUUUAACCUUCACUGCUGCCACUCACGUGGUGUUUGCUGAACUGUACUGGGAUCCAGGCCACAUAAAACAAGCAGAGGACAGAGCACACAGGAUUGGGCAGAGCAGCUCUGUGAACAUCCACUUCCUCAUUGCCAAGGGAACCAUGGACACCCUCAUGUGGGCAAUGCUGAACCGCAAGGCCAAAGUCACAGGCAGCACCUUGAAUGGCAGGAAAGAGAAGAUGCAGGCUGAAGAAGGGGAUAAGGAGAAAUGGGAUUUUUUGAGUUUUGCUGAGACUUGGACCCCAAAUGAAAGUCUAGAAGAUCCCAAAAAUGAACUUUUAUUUACACAUUUUGAGAAGGAAAAGCAGCACGACAUUCGUUCCUUCUUUUCCCCAAAAUCCUCCAUGGAGAAGAAACGCAAAAGAUUUUCUGGCAGUGAAUUGUUAAAGAAUGAUACAGAAUCUUCUGAAGUCACAAAAGAAGAGGAUGAAAACCUGGAUUCCACACCAGUAGAUGCUGGGGAUCCAGUUUGCCCUGAAAGCACCUGUGAACAUGAAGCCAAAAGAGCCAGAAGCACAAGUGGAUCUACCCCAGGCAGCUGCAGUGGUAAAAAGAAAACAUCUCUGACUGGAGAAAAGCCCUCCUUGUUUUCAGAAAAAAACAGUGAACUCUCUCCUUGUGGCUUAAAUACUUCCAGCAAAAGCACAGCUGUAAACCAGGUUUGGCACUGCAGGGUUUGCACUUACACCAACCACGACCUGCUGCCUUACUGUGAGAUGUGCGGGUGCCCUCAGAGCAGCAGUGUUGAGAGAAUCCGUGAAGCUCCCACGAGCCAAACUGAGGAAGAUGUGUCAGAGAGCCCCAGGAGAAGUGAGGAGAGAGCAGAGUGCAGUGCUGAGGAUGGGAGAGAAGGUUUGGGGGAAGUGGAGAAUGGAGAAAGUGAAAAAAAGUGUGGAGAAGGGAAUGAAGAUAAAUCAGACACAUUCCAAAUAUAUGAUGGCCUUUUGUUUUGUGCAAGUAGGAAUACUGACAGAAUCCACCUGUAUACAAAGGAUGGGGAGCCCCUGAAUCAUAACUUCAUUCCAUUGGACAUUCAGCUGGAUAACUGGGAAGAUUUACCAGAGACUUUCCAGCAUAAAAAAAAUCGUGCACUGAUCCUGAGGUUUGUGAAAGAAUGGACUCAGCUGACAGCAAUGAAGCAGAAGAUUGUCAGAAAAAGUGGUCAGAUAUUUUACAGUCCUAUUCAUGCUGCAGAGGAGUUGUCUAAAAAGCAGUCUGUUGGCAGCAGCACAAAAAGGUAUGUGACCAGGGAGGAUGUGGCAGCAGCCUCACUCUCCAAAGCCGCCAGCACCGGGGGCAGCGUCCGCCUCAUCUCCAGGGAAAGUGGGGUUUGUCCCAAGAAAGAAAAUGCUCCUGUUGAACAAUCCACAAAGUUGCUUUCAGACACUGGAGGAGGUCCCUCAGCCCUUCAUGGCGAGCAGGGUGAAGGCUCCCCCCUGCCCAAAGGGUAUUUGCAAGCCCUGGACAGCCAGGGGACCCCGCUGUGCCUGAGCUGUCAGCAGCCCACGGCACAGCUCCCGCCCGGCAGCCACGCCUGGGACACGCGGUUCUGCUCCCACGCCUGCCAGGAGGAUUUCUCCAUCCGCUCCAGCCAGAGCUACCUCAGGACCAAAGUGUUUGAAGUAGAACACGGGGUUUGCCAGUUCUGUCACCAAAACGCGCAGGAGCUUUAUCUCAGCGUCAGAGACGCCCCCAGGAGUCGGCGCAAGGAACUGCUGGAGAACUCCUGGAUGUCCCACCUCCCACUGGGGCAGCUGAACGAGAUGAUCCGGAGCCCCACGGAGGGGCAGUUCUGGCAGGUGGAUCACAUCCAGCCCGUGUACAGCGGAGGAGGACAGUGCUCCCUGGACAACCUGCAGACUCUGUGCACAGCCUGCCACAGGGAGAGAACUGCCAAGCAGGCCAAGGAAAGAAGCCAACUGAAGAGAAGGUCUUUGGCUACAAAGUACGGCUGUGACAUCACCAAGUUUUUUGUGAAAAUGUAAAAUGCAAAAUCCCUUCAGGUAUAAUGUAACACUAAAUCCAAUACAGUUAUAUAGUUUUCCUCAUGUGCUGAUUUAACAGGAAUCUCUGUCGCCCAUCAAUGCUGCUGGUAGAGAGGAGAAAAUAUGGAAUUAAAACCAAGGAAUCGUUUGUAACACUGAUAGUCAGAGAGCAUCCAAGGUACUUGAUUAUGGUCAUGUUUUUAUGACCCUGUGGUUUAAAGCUAAAUUUCUGCAUGGAACCUUACUGCACUGAGCCUGACUUACAGGACUCUGGCAUUUAGAACUGAUGGCAGUUGAAUUCUGUUUUUACUUAAACCAGCUUGUAUUAAAAUUUUAUUUAUGAUAAGGAACACUAGAUAUUACCAAUUAUGUCAUCAAAGGUAGUUUCUGGGAAAUGCUACCGUCACAUUUUCCUUAACAAGAUUGCUGGUUCCUUUGGACUGCUUACCUGGCUUUCUUUACUGUUACUUUAAAUAAAUACAGUUCUUUCUCGUGGUGA